AUGAAUGACAAAGAAUUUGCCAAAGUCUGGGAAGUGAUGAAAAGCAAACAAAAGGCAUUGAAAAAACAAGGCUAUGGGAAUAAACCCAGAGAGGCUGUGGCACUAACAAAAGAGCACAUCGAGGCAAUGUAUUCAGCCCAGGCACUAGGAGAUUCUAGUCCCAGAGCCUUGAUUCAUUCGUUGUGGAUGAUCUGCACAACCCAUUUCGGCAUGAGGACGGGAAAUGAAAUACAUAAACGCUGCUGGGGGGACGUUACACUUGGUGUUGAUUUUGAGUCAGGCGAGGAAUACAUCACACGCGAUACCGAGCGCCAGACCAAGACCAGAACAGGGGAAAAUCCAAGAAAUACCAGGUCAGUCAAACCAAGGGCUUAUGCAGUCCCCGAAGAGCCCAACAGAGACCCAGUUCAUCUGUAUAAGCUGUAUGCAGACAAACGGCCGGUGGAAAUGAGAGGAGAUGACAGUCCGUUCUUCCUUACACCAUGCAACAGCACACAGCUUGGCUGGUUCAGGAGGUCAGCAAUUGGUAUAAACAAGCUGUACGGCAUCAUGGCAGAGAUGAAGGCGGACGCUGGGAUAACAGAGCCCAGAAUCACCCCAUACAGUGCAAGAAAACACUUAAUCCAGACAUUAAAUGAUGAGAACAUCCCGGCUCACCAGAUCGUACAAAUUUCAGGCCACAAAAAUGUCAAUAGUCUAAAUAACUAUAGUGGGAUAAACAAGGAUCAAUCAAAACAGAUUUCAAAGAUCCUCUCAGUCUCACAUUCAAACCAAACUGCUGUAGCAAAGCAGAAUCUUUCUCCAUCUGCAACUGCAACCACGUCAAUGAGUGAUUUACCGAUGGGAAGAGGAUUCUUUGUAAACUCAAAUUUCCACGGCAACGUUACUUUCAAUUUUCACAGCUCUGAAAUGGGUCUGUCCCAGAAAAAUGUGUUCAAUCAACAAGUAAAAUCUCCAACACCAACGCCGGAUGUUUCGCCUGAUUUUCCUGAUCAACCACGCUACAAGCGUAUCCGUAUGAUUCCAGACAGUGAUAGCGAUUAAAUAGUUUGUGAUAAAAUUGGCACGAACACUUACUGUUGAUUUUUUUUCCAGUUAAUUCCAUUUAAUUGUUAUCAUUCCUUUCGUGUGCAUUUUGUUAAAAAUGGCGAAGACAUUGUUAGCGUUAGUUACGCUAUAAAUAGACUCCGCAUAUUA